GAUCGAAAUAAAGACAUCCGGGUACUCAAGAAGAUUCUAGCAUACCCUCUCAGUCACUAACAUACAGGUAGUAGCCGUUUGUUGGUCUUUCGUCUCUCAAGAAUUGUCCGCAUUCACCUGUUUGUGAAUCUUGAAGCUGACCGGUGUGGAUAAUGGGAAGGAGCAGGAGUCGAACUCCUCCAAGACGAGAGAGAAGACGGUCCCGCUCGGCUUCCCGGGAGCGUGAGCGAAGGCGGCGGGAGAGAGAGCGCUCUCGCUCCAGAGACCGGGACCGGGAGCGAGACCGUCGCCGGACCCGCUCACGCUCUCCUCCUCCUCACAGGAGGCGUUCCAGGUCCCCCCGACGCCAUCGCUCCUCCUCCCUCUCACCAACGAGACAGAAGGACAGACAUGAAGACUCGAAGGAUAAGCCUCCGAAGCCCAUUCAGAUCUCAGAGGAGGACAUGCAGGGCAAAACAGAGGAUGAAAUAGAGAUGAUGAAGCUGAUGGGAUUUGCCUCCUUUGAGAGCUCAAAGGGGAAGAAAACGGAUGGAUCUGUGAAUGCAUAUGCAAUAAACGUGUCCAUGAAGAGGAAAUACAGACAGUACAUGAACAGAAAAGGAGGAUUCAACAGACCACUGGACUUCAUCGCCUAAAGGCUGCACCAGGUUGUGUCUACAGGCGUUUGCUCCACUCUGCCUCUGGUGACAGAUUCUUGUGCUGUUUCUUAUUGAGUCAAGCUUUUUUUAUGUACGUACCUUUCAUUUUCUUUACAUGCAAGAUGUAAAUAGCAGUCGCUCACAGCUCAGUGUUGAUGGGAGACUGAUUUCUGUGUUGUUGAGAUAUGUGAUGUUUUUAUUCUGAAUAAAUGCAUAUAAAACUUA